AUGUCUUACAUAAAAUGGAAUGAUCAUAUAAAUAGUUGGUUAAUAAAAGAAAUCCAAAAGUGGAGAAAACAAAAAGAUGGAGCGCUAGCAGUUGAUCACAAUAUUGAUUUUCUAUUUCAAACUGCACUUAAAAAACUGGAUCAGAACCAUUUUCCCAAAGUUAAAAAA